AUGGCACUUCGUCCCUCCUCUGCUCCACAGCGCGUCUUACUGCCGUCUCCUCCUGCGUCCUCUCUUCCUGAGCUUCCUGACCCUGAGUCUGACCGUGUUCGUGCUGCUAGCCCCACCGUCACGCGUCUUCUGGCUACAGACAUCAUUGUCCCGUCGUUUGAGUCCACUACUGCGUCUGCCUUAGUUGCUGAGCUUGUCGACUUUGCUGCUGCGUGUCGUCUAGACUACGCCGCCAGUCUUGUUGCUGAGUCUGAGUCUGUCUGUCCUUCGUCCGUCGGGGGUGAGUAUGCUCUUGGCACGGACGUCCUUGAGGACAGGCAGGAGGACUUUGAGUCUCUUGCGGCUGCUGUACCUCAUCUCCUGGCCUGA